CAAAUCUGACACUAAUAUUUAUGUGUAGUCAGCCUUGUUGGGUGAAGAUCACAACAUGUAAACUCAUGUCAGAAAAUUAGUUCCUGAUCCGGUUUGCUGAAUAAAUACUGAACCAAUUCGAUUCCAUAGUGGUGUUCAUUGCUUUUAAACACACCAGACUGCCAAAACUGACAAUGGCUUCUUUUCAGACAGGUUUUAUAAGAGCACCAAUCCCUGUUAUGCUGUAUGUCUUGGCCUGUAUAACUGUCACUGAGUCAGCUGCAUAUACCCCUGUUGACCCCUGCUACAACUACACUGUGCUGGACGAUCCAUGGAGAGCCACUAAUAUAUAUACUUCAGUCGAUAAGUGUGACCAGUCAGUCGCCUGGAGCGGCUGGUAUCGUCUCUUCAUUAACAACGUGAGCACUCAGAUCCCAGACACGUGUGUUGCUCAGUACAGCUGUGGCACUGCUGCCCCACUGUGGAUUCGUGGUGGACACCCAACAGUACAGGAUGGAGUCGUCAGUCGAGAUGUCUGCGCUCACUGGAACAAUUUAUGCUGCUUUUUUGGGUCUUACCCCAUUAAAGUCAAAGCCUGUCCAGGCAAAUAUUAUGUCUAUGAGCUGGUUAGUCCAUCUGUCUGCAAUUCAGCAUAUUGUGCAGCAGCGUUUCCUUCUGUUGACCCCUGCUACAACUACACUGUGCUGGACAAUCCAUGGAGAGCUAACAGCAGUCAGCUAUCAAACUCCUACAAGUGUGACCGUGAUCUCACCUCAAGCGGCUGGUAUCGUCUCUUUGUUAACAACAUAAGCGCUCAGAUCCCAGACACGUGUGUUGCAAAGUACAGCUGUGGUACUCAUGUCCCACUGUGGAUUCGUGGUGGACACCCAACAGUACAGGAUGGAGUCGUCACUCGAGAUGUCUGCGGUCACUGGAUCAAUUACUGCUGCUUUUUUGGGUCUUACCCCAUUAAAGUCAAAGCCUGUCCAGGCAAAUAUUAUGUCUAUGAGCUGGUUAGACCAACUGUCUGCUAUUCAGCAUAUUGUGCAGUUGUUAAUAACAUCAGCAGCACUAUUACAACAGUCGCACCAGAGACAACCUCAGCUGCAUAUACCCCUGUUGACCCCUGCUACAACUACACUGUGCUGGACGAUCCAUGGAGAGCCACUAAUAUAUAUACUUCAGUCGAUAAGUGUGACCAGUCAUUCGCCUGGAGCGGCUGGUAUCGUCUCUUCAUUAACAACGUGAGCACUCAGAUCCCAGACACGUGUGUUGCUCAGUACAGCUGUGGCACUGCUGCCCCACUGUGGAUUCGUGGUGGACACCCAACAGUACAGGAUGGAGUCGUCAGUCGAGAUGUCUGCGCUCACUGGAACAAUUUAUGCUGCUUUUUUGGGUCUUACCCCAUUAAAGUCAAAGCCUGUCCAGGCAAAUAUUAUGUCUAUGAGCUGGUUAGUCCAUCUGUCUGCAAUUCAGCAUAUUGUGCAGCAGUGUUUCCUUCUGUUGACCCCUGCUACAACUACACUGUGCUGGACAAUCCAUGGAGAGCUAACAGCAGUCAGCUAUCAAACUCCUACAAGUGUGACCGUGAUCUCACCUCAAGCGGCUGGUAUCGUCUCUUUGUUAACAACAUAAGCGCUCAGAUCCCAGACACGUGUGUUGCAAAGUACAGCUGUGGUACUCAUGUCCCACUGUGGAUUCGUGGUGGACACCCAACAGUACAGGAUGGAGUCGUCACUCGAGAUGUCUGCGGUCACUGGAUCAAUUACUGCUGCUUUUUUGGGUCUUACCCCAUUAAAGUCAAAGCCUGUCCAGGCAAAUAUUAUGUCUAUGAGCUGGUUAGACCAACUGUCUGCAAUUCAGCAUAUUGUGCAGUUGUUAAUAACAUCAGCAGCACUAUUACAACAGUCGCGCCAGAGACAACCUCAGCUGCAUAUACCCCUGUUGACCCCUGCUACAACUACACUGUGCUGGACGAUCCAUGGAGAGCCACUAAUAUAUAUACUUCAGUCGAUAAGUGUGACCAGUCAGUCGCCUGGAGUGGCUGGUAUCGUCUCUUCAUUAACAACGUGAGCACUCAGAUCCCAGACACGUGUGUUGCUCAGUACAGCUGUGGCACUGCUGCCCCACUGUGGAUUCGUGGUGGACACCCAACAGUACAGGAUGGAGUCGUCACUCGAGAUGUCUGCGCUCACUGGAACAAUUUAUGCUGCUAUUUUGGGUCUUACCCCAUUAAAGUCAAAGCCUGUCCAGGCAAAUAUUAUGUCUAUGAGCUGGUUAGACCAACUGUCUGCAAUUCAGCAUAUUGUGCAGCAGUGCUUCCCUCUGUUGACCCCUGCUACAACUACACUGUGCUGGACGAUCCAUGGAGAGCUAACAGCAGUCAGCUAUCAAACUCCUACAAGUGUGACCGUGAUCUCACCUCAAGCGGCUGGUAUCGUCUCUUCAUUAACAACAUAAGCGCUCAGAUCCCAGACACGUGUGUUGCAAAGUACAGCUGUGGUACUCAUGUCCCACUGUGGAUUCGUGGUGGACACCCAACAGUACAGGAUGGAGUCGUCACUCGAGAUGUCUGUGGUCACUGGAUCAAUUACUGCUGCUUUUUUGGGUCUUACCCCAUUAAAGUCAAAGCCUGUCCAGGCAAAUAUUAUGUCUAUGAGCUGGUUAGACCAACUGUCUGCUAUUCAGCAUAUUGUGCAGUUGUUAAUAACAUCAGCAGCACUAUUACAACAGUCGCGCCAGAGACAACCUCAGCUGUUGUUAAUAACAUCAGCAGCACUGUUACAACAGUCACACCAAAGACAACCUCAGCUGUUGUUAAUAACAUCAGCAGCACUGUUACAACAGUCACACCAAAGACAACCUCAGCUGUUGUUAAUAACAUCAGCAGCACUGUUACAACAGUCACACCAAAGACAACCUCAGCUGGUAUAAAUCUAACACUGCCAGAAGAAUGCAUCAGUCAGACCUCUAAAGGAUGUUUUGAAAACCUUCUUGAGCAGACUGAGAACAUUACAGCUCAAGUGCUCCCUUUGAAUGCUGUGAUGAACAUUUUGAAUAUGGUCUUCAACGCUUCAGUGAAAAUUGUGGAGUCAACAUCAUCACCAAACCCAACUGAACUAGCCUCCUACGGAAACCGUGUGUUAAAAACCAGUGAGAAACUCAUUUCUACAUUAGUGACGCCGACAGACACAAAUGACAGUGUCAAUUUUACUCUUGCUGCUGUAGAGGGUCAAGUCUUCAUGGUUGGACCAAAUGUCAUGUUAAAUAGAAUCCCUCAGCUUAACACGACAUAUUGUUCUGUGGACAUCGAUCUCAUUGGGAUUGCCAAGAACAACAAUGAAAGAUCAGCUGCUGUGGCUUUCAUGAGCUACAUCAUGAUGGAGAAUCUACUGAAGCCAGACUUCUUCAACACAUCAAAUGGCACGGUUAAAACCAUGAUGUCCACUGUGAUCUCAGUUACUCUUCCCAAAACCACCAACACUAAACUCACCAAACCAGUCAACUUCACCUUCAGACACAUCAGAGAGUUUGAUCCCAACGGUUCUCUGUCCUGUGUGUACUGGAAUAUCAGCAAGUGGAUUGUUGAUGGUUGUUCUGUUUUAAAGACCAACAGCAGCUACACUGUGUGUUCCUGUGAUCAUCUGUCGACAUUCAGUAUUGUGCAAACCAGCCGUCCACCAGAGAGCGGCUCAUCGCUGGUGAUGUUGGCUUUGGUGUGUGUGAUCGUGGGGCUGGUGUUCUUCAGUUUGGCCCUGUUGGGUUUUGUUCUUUAUAAAUGGAGUCCUGUGCGUGAUUGGAUACGUGGUCGUGUCAUGCUGGGUCCUGAAGGUUACCGCAGGGAAGAGUUACACUGCAGUACACGAAGUGCUUCAGAUGUCUCUGCUGUGGACUCAAAACAAUCAAAUGUGUCUCAAGAAACACCGAGGACCACAACAUCAUUUUAAACAUAGAAAGCAUGAAAAAAAGCAUAAAGGGAGUGACAUUGACCCAUACUGGAAUAAAAAAGGACUCCUAUUAAUGAAAUAAUUACAAUAAUUGAUGAUACACAAGUAUUUUAAUAUAUCAAACACAUUUAUUACUUAUCUUUUUUAAGCAAUUCAUUAAUCCAAAAGCAAUCCAGCAGUCCAAAAUUCAAUUUUCAAGAUUUUUCAGGUUGAUUUGACCCCCUUUAUGAAUUCAAUGUUUCAGGAAAAAGAAAGUUUCAUUUCACACAGGUGAUUACAUAUAUAUAUAUAUAUAUAUAUAUAUAUAUAUAUAUAAAAUGUUUUUGGAUGUUAAAUGUCGUAAUGCCAAUUCACAUUGCAAUGAUCACCAGAAUGAUCACCAGAUUACAGUACCUUACUCCUCAGACGUUCCUAUGACCUGAGAAAAAUUAGAUUCAAGCAUGUUCAAGAUAUUACGACAUUUAUAAGACAUUUCUUAAUAUUACGAAUGUCGAUAUUACUGAUGUAAAAUAAGUAACUUUAUGUUAAUCACACUCAAGAUUUUGUGGUGGAGGGUAAAAAUAAUUUUUACAAACUAAUAGUUCUUAUUACAGCUGAAUAAGGAAUUAAUGAUAGUUUAAAUAAAUAAAUGAAAUACAACUGUUAAAUUACAAUUAUAUUUAACUGUAACUGCUUUAACUGUCAAAACCAAUUAUAUCUUAUUUUGUUGAGCUCAAACAACUGUUCAUUAGAUAACUCCAGUUCCUCUGUAAACAUAUUAUGCAAGCGUCUUAUUUUAUUGCUGUAAUAUUGAUGUAAACUCCAUAAUCUGUUUUAUUUACAUUUGCAUUUAGCCAUUUAGCAGACGCUUUUAUCCAAAGUGACUUAUGAGAACAAUGGAAGCAAUCAAAAAAACAGAAAUGAUAAGCAAGUGCUAUGACAAGCCUCAGUUAGCCUAUUGCAGUACACGUAGUAUUUUUAUUUUUUUUUUCAUUUUGUUAAUUAUUAAAAAAAUAAAUAAAAAUCUGUAGAAUAGAAAAAGAAUAGAAGUAGUGAAUUUUAAGGGGUGCAGAGCUAGUGGUGGUUUUGUAGGAAAACAUUAAUGCCUUUAAAUUGAUGAGUUGUGACGUGCAUUUUGGCUCAUUAAAAAUAAAUCUUGCAGCUGCAUUCUGUAUUAUUUAGUCUUCUUCUUUUAAAACGUAGGAUUUUCUUGGUGGAGGGUGAAAAGUAUAAUUUUCAUGAUUUCAAAUGAUUUCAAGUAAAUGUUGGCAAAUAGAAAACCUAAAAACUAUUUCAUGUGUGCAUGGUAAAGGAAAUUAAUUAGCAUUGUAUGGCAUCAUUGUUUAGUUGUAAAAUUGUUAAGUCUUUCACAGUUAUAUUUUUGUUUAUUGAUCUCAGAAAGUUUUUGCUGUAAGGAAACAUUUUACAGUGUAUUACUUUAUUCAUGUGCCUAAUGUUUUAUGGGUACUGUGAUUUGAAACUAAACAUUAAAACAACUAAACGAACAGCUGAUGUGGCAAUUAAAGUAAAUAUGUAUUGUCAUGUGACUUUAAUUUUUGUUAAACAUAACUACA